AGGGUCUGUAAUGUGUCUGCAUGCCCCGACUCCACACCCAUCCACAUGUACACAAGCCUCCGACGCUCAUGUGGUGACGGCCCAACCCCAAAUAACUUCCAUUCUGGUCCGUGAGCGCCCCUCCUCACAGCACAAGGAGGGACACCGAGGAAGGAGAAAGUGUGUGAGGAAGAGUACGAGACGAGCAGAAAGUAAGAGGAUGAGAGCUGAACGUCAUGAAGGGAUUCUAAGUCUGGACCACUUCAGCUGAGGCAUCGGCCCGGACCAGGUUCUGAUGUGACGCUGUGGCAGCUAUUUGCCUCAAUACUCACCAGAAUCUACAAAUUCAUCUCAAUUUCAACUCCUCUUUUGUGGUUUUCUGGAUGUACAAUACUGAGUGUACAUGAUCAGAGUGACCUCUCAGCUGAAGGGUGAGUGUGUGACCAACUUGAGCUCUGACAGAAGAUCUCAGAAAUGUGUCUCCCCUGCAUUGAUUCAUCACCUCAGAAAUAAGACUGUCAGAAAGUCCCCACCGACAAGGGUGACACUCUAAAACCACCUGGGCCUCUGGAUAUCCUGCCACGUGUUUGGACGCUGGAUUAUUUGAGCAGAAGAGCAGAGACAAGUUCUGGCUUUGGAGGCACCAGAGAUUUCCAGGGACUUCACAGUGUAGUAUUUCAUCUGAAGGGAUGCAAAGCAAAACUGAAAGUGGAUGAAGAGAGCACAGACAGAGAGGUAAAAACACUCUGAUUUAAAGUGGAAUCUGAACUUUGAAGCUAUGAAGGUAAAUUAUUUUAACAACUUUUUGCUUUCUUUCUGAUAGAUGUCAUCGAGACGCUGGAAAACAUCACAUGAUUUCAUCUAAAACUCAAAACCCAGAAGUCUUAAGACAUUGAACGCCACAUCACCUUUCUCUUUGAGGCCCUGAAGGUUGGAUUUUGAAGAUUUUACUGCAGUAUAUUUAUCUCCUCACCAUCAUGGAUCCUCAGGGUGGUCCGUACCUCAACAAGAAGGCCCUCCUCUCACCUCUGGGUGCUGCCCGCCUUUGUCAGCUGGCCAUGGGAUGUGCCGUGGUCGCCAUGGUAACCCACAGUGCCGGCUACAGUGGUUCACACGGCGUCUUCUGCAUGGCGGCGUGGUGCUUCUGCUUCGCCAUGUCGGUUCUGGUGUUCUUCCUGGACGCCACUCGUCUCCACGGCUACCUGCCCGUAUCCUGGGACAACCUCACGGUCACAUGUGCUGCGUUUGCGACGCUACUCUACGUGACGGCCUCUGUGGUUUACCCGCUGUUCUUUGUUAGAUCUGAGUGUCCCUACGCCGGCUGUGAUGUCCGAGAUUUCCGCAUCGCCGUCACCGUCUGCUCCAUCCUGGGGACUCUGGCCUACGGGGCUGAGGUGGUCUUGUGUCGAGCCAGGCCGGGCCAGAUCGUCGUAGGCUACAUGGCCACCGUGUCUGGUCUCCUCAAAGUGGUUCAAGGCUUCGUAGCCUGCAUCAUCUUUGGAGCUCUGGCCAAUGGGAGUCAGUACUACCAAUAUGCCGCCACUAUCUACUGCGUUGUUGUCUACGCUUUCUGUUUCGCUCUGACUACGGUGGUGGUCAUAAUGACUGUCUGCAGGCGGACCAAGGCGGUGCGCUGCAUGCCCUUUGACCGCUUCGUGGUGGUGUGCACGCUCCUGGAAGUGCUGCUUUACCUGAGUGCAUCAGUGGUGUGGCCGGUGUUCUGCUUUGACACUAAAUAUGGCUCCCCGUUUAGACCUUCGUCAUGUCCAUGGGGAAAAUGUCCGUGGGACAGCAAAGUUGUGGUGGCCGUGUUCUCCUUUGUCAACUUUGGACUUUACUUAGUCGACCUGAUCUACUCUCAGAGGUUACGAUUUGUCUCCUCACAGGUGUCCACUAACUCACGAAUUUAGCACCGUUUGAAAACUUGAUGUCAUAUCACUGGCUUUAAAGGUUUAACCCUCUGAACCCCAAGCAGUUUCUGGGCGUUUCUAGCUUCUGUCAUACAGUGCCUUGUGAAAGUA